CGGUAGAAGAAGACUUGAGGCGCCGUUCCGAGCGAUCGCAGUUCCAGAACCGCCGCCAGACCUCGGACCUUUCCCACAUCAAUGUGUCCGACGACUCCGACCCAUUGACCAUCUCCUUCCUCCAACUUCUCUCUCUACAAAACAGAGAGAGAGAGAGAGAGAGAGAGGGGGGGGACGACAAUCUCGAAACUCCCUCCUCCCACCAUGCCAUUGAAGCCCAUCAACUCCUACACCGUCGCCCUCAUGCUGUGCUUCGCCUUCCUCGUCCUCUUCCUCUCGGGCUUCCUCGAACUCCCUUCCUUCGCCGCCUCCGUCCGCUCCGCCCCCCGCCGGGGGCCGCGGCUCCCCGACGCCCCUCUCGCCCCCGAUCCGUUCACCGAUUUGGUGGGCGCGUUCAGGGAGUGGGACUCUCGAGUGGGUUGUGCCCUGUUCAGGGAAAGGCACGGCGGGCGAUCGGGGAACGGGUUCAACAACGGAUCGUCCUCUUCUUCGCCUUCCCUGCAAGUGGGUGGCGAUGGCGAAUCGGGGUGCGGCGAGCUGCGGCUGAGCCACGUCAGUGUGCUGGUCAAAGGGUGGACCUGGAUCCCCGACAAUUUGGACAAUUUGUAUCCGUGCCGGUGUGGGUUGAGCUGCUUGUGGACUAAAUCUCCGGUUCUUGCGGACAAGCCCGACGCUUUGCUGUUCGAGACCUCGACGCCGCCGCUUCUGAGGCGCAAUGGGGAUCCACUACGUGUAUACAUGGAUCUGGAGGCUGGCCGAAGGAGAUCUGGCCGAGAAGAUAUAUUCAUCAGUUACCAUGCAAAGGACGAUGUCCAGUCAACCUAUGCUGGAUCACUUUUCCACAAUGGUCGAAAUUACCACGUGUCUUCUUAUAAGGACAAUGAGACGCUGGUUUAUUGGUCUUCCUCUCGUUGCCUUCCUCAAAGGAAUGAACUCGCAAAAAAGCUCCUCAAGUUACUGCCUCACCAUUCAUUUGGCAAGUGCUUAAAUAAUGUCGGCGGUCUUGACAAGGCGCUUUCUUUCUAUCCCGAGUGUGCCAACGAUGCCAGUGUCGCUCCAAAAUGGUGGGACCAUUUGCACUGCGCCAUGUCUCAUUAUAAGUUUGUUCUUGCAAUCGAGAACACUUGGACAGAAAGUUACGUGACGGAGAAGCUAUUUUAUGCUCUGGAUUCCGGGGCGGUCCCCAUCUAUUUUGGUGCCCCCAAUGUCAUGGACUUUGUCCCUCCGCAUUCGAUCAUAGACGGGAACAAGUUCAGCUCCCUGGAGGAAUUGGCGACUUUUGUGAAGUCCCUCGCGAAUGAUCCGGUGGCUUACGCUGAAUACCACGCGUGGAGGAGAUGCGGCGUCUUAGCGAAGCCAGAUUGGUGAUCAAUUGUUGCCGUGCUUGUUCUGUCAUUUUCGAGUACAAUUUGGGUCGCUUGGAACUUCGGAUCGAGGAUUGGAGAGGAGAGGUGGAAGAAAAGGCUCGGGAUGGAUUUAGGAGCCUUUGUGCGAGCCGUAUGCAGUGAGAGUCCCACGGGCAGUGACGAGGGGGUUACGGACGUAACGAGGGGGUUCGUGUCUAUAUGGAGAUGCAUUGUGCUCUCCUCAAAGGGUUAUAGAUUUAUAUCAUGUGCAUAAACUUUUAUGGCUUGCCGGUGCGAAACAAUUGCGAGGAUUUCAUUUUUUAUCGGGCACAUGUUUUCCUCUAAACAGAUAUUAAUAACUAUUUUGGACCCGAGCAUGUCCUCAAAUUA